CAUACAGUGAAGGCCAGGCAAACCCAACAAAUCCUAGAGCAAUUGCUUUGCAAACCCAGAGAGCAAAAAAGGAAAAGAAGAAAAGUGGACAGAAGCAAUGGCAGUUCAGAGCAGCAAUGGAGGGUUCUCAUUCAUCUUAUCUUCUCCUAAAAAGAGAAAUAAUAAACCAGCAACAGGUUACUCUGCUGCAACAUUUUCACCUUUUCGUCUUCGGUCCAUGGCUACCCAAAAGCCUAUCCUAUCUGCUACUCGAGCUGUUAGCUCUAAAAAGGGUUCGAUGGUCUUUUCUGCUGCUGGUGAGGCAGUCCCACGCAGUAGCAAUGGGAACUCAUCUUCCCCGGUAAAACUACUAACUAGAGUAGAGCAGCUGCGACUACUUACAAAAGCUGAGAAAGCAGGGCUAUUAUCUGCGGCAGAGAACUUCGGACUCUCCCUGUCUAUCAUAGAGAAACUGGGCGUACUCUCAAAAGCAGAAGAGUUUGGAGUGUUAUCAGCUGCUACAGACCCAGGGACCCCAGGAGCUCUCUUAAGUGUGAGUCUGGGACUUCUAGUUCUGGGACCCCUCUGUGUUUAUAUCGUGCCUGAAGAGUAUCCAUGGGAAGUGGUAUUACAGGUUUUAGUGGCUCUGAUCUGUGUCAUUGGAGGAUCCGCAGCUCUCGCUGCAUCAAAUCUUGUAUCCAACCUGCAGAAAUCAAGCUGAUACCAUUUGUCCUUUUUCAUAUACAAAUAUUGAUACAUUAUCAAAAAUAGUAGGUGAAGACUGCAGCCCAGAUGAUUUUUGUAAGAAAUGAAUUACAGAAUGUCUAAGGUUUAUCCACAUUCAAAA